AUGAAUAACGAAACAAUAGUUGACGAGGAUCAUGAGAAUCAAGCUUCAUCAUCAUUACUACCAACAAAUCAGCAUGCAUCUCAUUCCGAACUUGUGACAAAAAUUUAUUAUCCUGAUUCAUUAUACCCUGAUAAUUAUUCAUUCUUUGCAGAUCGGGGCAAUACACCAUUAUCAAAAGCAAAAUCAUCAUUACCUAUGGAUACAACUAUUCAAUAUCCAACUAAAACUGUCGAUCAAACAGAUCCUCCAACAGUAAUAUCAAUUGUAUCUAAACAGGCAACAACUGAAAUUGAAACUAUUGAUCAACCAAGAAAAUAUUCCUCUCCAAUGAUUGACCGAGAACGUGUUGAAUCUGAAUCUGAAAAGCGUCGAUUCGAUGUUAAACGUUAUAUACCAACGGCAUUACGUGCUCAAGAUAAAAAUCAACCACCUGGUAUUUUAUUAGAUCCUCGAUUUUAUUCAAUGAAAAAGACAGCUAUGACUAUCAUGUGUCUAUUGAUUAUCAUCAUGAGUAACAGUGUGCAACUAAAACAUGUUCUUACACAAGGUCGAACACAUUCAUUCUAUGGUACACAAGUAACACUUGGCAUUAUUUCGGUUCUCAUGUGUGCUUCGAUUGCACGAUAUAAACAAAUUUUAACGAAAAAAAAAACAACAAACAUUAUGAGUGUUAUAUUUGCUUGUUUUUUUAUUCUUGCAGGUUUUUAUCUUAUGUAUAUGUUAACAAUCAAUGAUCAAAAUACAUACAAACAACGUAAAAUUGAUUUUUUACAAAAUCUUGGCUUAAUUUUUCUCUUUUCAUUAUUUAUUCUUAAUAUUAUUUAUACAAUUUUCCAUGCUAUUUAG